GUUAAGGUCCGUGCAAACCUCGAUGAGCUCCUACACCUCGUUGGCAUUGUCUGUCAAUCGGCUAGAGCAUUGGAUAGACGCCAAUUUCUGGAUCAGUUGGCUCGUUCCUUUCGUGACGUUAUUGUUGAUUUGUACGAGACCGACGAAAUAGGUAGCUACCCACAUUUUGAAAACAUUUGCAUAGUUAAUCAACUUCCUGAUUGA